GCAGGGGGGCAAAGCACAAGGGUGCAGGGGCUGGGGUGCUGGUUUCAGGGAUGUAAAGAACAUGGGUGCAGGGGGUGCUGGGUGCAGGGGUACAGGUCUGAGGGUGCUGGUUUCAGGGGUGUAAAGCACAUGGGUGCAGGGGUACAGCUCUGAGGGUGCUGGGUACAGCUCUGGGGGUGCAAAGCGCAUGAGCACAGCUCUGGGGGUACUGCUUUCAGGGGUGCAAAGCACAAGGGUGCAGGGGCUGGGGUGCUCGUUUCAGGGGUGUAAAGCACAUGGGUGCAGGGGCUGGGGGUGCUGGGUGCAGGGCUUCAGCUCUGGGGGUGCAAGGCGCAUGAGCACAGGUCUGGGGGUGCUGGUCUCAGGGGUGCUGGGUGCUGGUCUGGGGGUGCAAAGCACACAGGUGCAGGGGAUGAGGGUGCUGGGGUGCAGAGCACAAGGGUGCGGGUCUGAGGUGCUGGUUUCAGGGGUGCAAAGCACAUGGGUGCAGGGGGUGCUGGGUGCAGGGGUUCAGCUCUGGGGGUGCAAGGCGCAUGAGCACAGCUCUGGGGGUGCUGGUGUCAGGGGUGCAAAGCACAUGGGUGCAGGGUCUGGGGGUGCCGGGUUCAUCUCUGGGGGGUGCCAGCAGCACCCCACCACCCCGCAGGCCCCCCCCAGGCAGGAUGCAGAAGGAGCCCAGCAUGUACCAGGACGCGGGCACGGCGGCGGCGGGUGCCGAGGGGCCGGAGGCACAGCUGGAUGACUUUGUGGGUGCUCACCCCGACUACGACGAGGAGGAGGAGGAGCACAAGUUCUUCCGCCGCAAGCGCCUCGGGGUCAUCAAGAACGUGUUGGCCGCCAGCCUGGCCGGGACCCUCACCUAUGGGGUCUACCUGGGCCUGCUGCAGAUGCAGCUGAUCCUGCACUACGAUGAGACGUACCGGGAGGUGAAGUACAGCAACAUCCAACUGGAGGACAUCGACCGCAAGGUGCUGAUGGGCAUCAACGUCACCCCCAUCGCGGCGCUGCUCUAUACACCCAUCUUCAUCAGGUACGGCGCCCUCCGUGCUUCCCAACGGCAUUCCCAAGGGGAAUCCGGGCUUCCCUCUGCAAUCCCCGGCAGGUUUUUUGGCAUCAAGUGGGCCAUGUUCCUCGCGGUGGGCAUCUACGCCUUCUUCGUCUCCAGCAACUACUGGGAGCGCUACUACACGUUGGUGCCCUCGGCCGUGGCCAUCGGGGUGGCCAUCGUGCCCCUCUGGGCUUCCAUGGGCAGCUACAUCACCAGGAUGGCCCAGAAGUACUACGAGCACGUCAACUACAAGGAGGAGCACGUGCAGAAGCAGCAGCGGGCGCCGCGAGGGGCCAGCGAUGGCUACCUCAUCGUCUUCCAAACCAUCUUCUACGCCUGCUUCCAUUUGAGCUUCGUCUGCGCUCAGAUGCCCAUGCUCUUCUUCCUCAACAACUACCUCUACCAGCUCAACCACACGCUCUUCGGGGUGAAGCACUGCGGGACCCUGAGCCAUGGCACGCUGGCCGGCUUCAACACCACGGUGCUGCAGAGCCUGCCCCGCAGCGUCAACCUCAUCGUGGUGGAGAGCAUGCUCAUGGCGGCCGCCUUCCUCGCCAUGCUGGUGGUCCUGGUGCUCUGCGGUGCAGCCUAUCGCCCCACGGAGGAGAUCGACCUGCGCAGCAUCGGCUGGGGGAACAUCUUCCAGCUGCCCUUCAAGCACGUGAGGGACUAUCGCCUGCGCCACCUCUUCCCCCUCUUCAUCUACAGCGGCUUCGAGGUGCUCUUUGUCUGCACCGGCUUCUCCCUGAACUAUGGGGUGUGCGCGCUGGGGCUGGAGAAGUUGGCCUAUCUCCUCAUGGCCUAUGGCUUGUCCGCCUCAGCCUGCUCCAGCCUGGCGCUGGGCAUGCUGCGCCUGCGGCGGCACGUCCCGCUGCUGGCGGGAGCCUUCAUCCACGCUGCCCUCCUGGUGACGCUGUUCUGCUGGGCACCAGAGCCCCGGCUCGUGGGGCAGGCUCCUCUGCUCUACACCAUCGCUGCGCUCUGGGGCACGGGGAGCGCCCUCAACAAGACCAGCAUCAGCAUCCUCCUGGGCAUGUUGUACCAGAACAAGGAGCGCCAAGACUUCAUCUUCACCAUCUACCACUGGUGGCAAGCCCUGGCCAUCUUCACCGUCUACCUGUGGUCAGGUUUGCCCAUGAAGGCCAAGCUCUCCAUGCUGCUGGUGACGCUGGUGGUGGCGGUGGGGACGUACGUGCGGCUGGAGCGGCAGCUGGGGCGGCACGUGGAGUACCGGCUGCCCCGCAUCCCGCGCCCGCGCCACCGCGCCCGCGGCUACCGCUACCUGCAGGAGGACAGCUCCGACCAGGCCGGCUCCGACAGCGACGGGGACCCCGAGCACGAGCACCCCAGAGAGGCCGCCACCAGCGAGGAGCUGCCCAGAGAGGAGGAGGAGCAGCUGGGUUAGAGCAGCCUCACCCGGCCCAGCGCUGGGGGGGCCCCCACCUUGUUCUGUGGGGCACAGGGGGGGUCCCUCAGCCCAGCCUGCGGCUGCCCCUGAGCUGGCUCGAACUUCCAUAGGUCCCCCCCCCCUAAGGCUGGGCUGGCAGCACAGAGCCCCCCGUGCAAAGCCUGCAGCCCCCCAGGCUGACCCACAGACCCCCCCCCAGGCCAGGCCUGCAGGCUCCCAGGCUGGCCCACAGCCCCUCCAGAUAGACCCACAGCCCCACAGACAGACCCAUAGCCUCUCAGCCCAGGCCUAUAGACCCCCAGGCAGACCCCCAACCCCUCAAGUCAGGUCUAUAGACGCCCCUAGGCCAGACCUGCAGCCCCCUAACCAGACCUAUAGCCCCCCACAGCCAGACCCAUAGCCCCCUAACCAGCCCCACAGCCCCCAUAACCAGACCCACUGCCCCCUAGGCCAGACCCAUAAGCCCCUAACCAGUCCCACUGCCCCCUAACCAGACCCAUAGCCCCCUAACCAGACCCACAGCCCCCUAACCAGACCCAUAGCCCCCCAGGCCGGACCCACAGCCCCCAUUAGGCCCGCAGACCCCUAACCAGACCCAUAGCCCCCUAACCGGACGUACUGCCCCCUAGGCCAGCCCCAGAGCCCCUAACCAGCCCCACAGCCCCCUAACCAGACCCUCAGCCAGACCCAUAGCCCCCUAACCAGCCCCACAGCCCCCUAACCAGACCCAUAACCCCCCAGGCCGGACCCACAGCCCCCCCUUAGGCCUACAGCCCCCAAGCUAGGCCCGCAGCCCCCUAACGAGCCCCACAGCCCCCUAACCAGACCCACUGCCCCCCAGGCCAGCCCCACAGCCCCCUAACCAGCCCCACUGCCCCCUAGGCCAGACCCAUAACCCCCUAACCAGCUGCACAGCCCUCUAACCAGACCCACAGCCAGACCCAUAGCCCCCUAAGCAGACUCACAGCCCCCUACCCAGACCCAUAAGCAGACCCAUAGCCCCCCAACACCCGCCCCCUUUAUACCCCCCUAUAUCUCAAUAAAGCCUCUCACACCUCCA